AUGGCUCUGCUCCGCGCACUGCUCGCCUGCCUGCUGCCCCUGCAUUGCGCGCUCUGCGCCGCGGCGGGCGGCCGAAACCCAGAACUACGCCUCUCUGGAAAGUUUCGUGACUACGGUGUGACAGUGCCCUGCAGCACAGAUUCUCAGGGCCGCUUCCUCUCCCACGUGGUGUCUGGCUCAGCAGCAGCCUCAGCAAGAAGCACAGUGGUGGGCAGUGCACCUGCACCACUGUCACAGUCCAGACACCCCCGGGUGGCUCGCAGCCCCCCACGUCCUAAUGGAAGGCCCCUACAUCCUGGCAAGCUGGGACGCCACUCCCUUUACUUCAAUGUCACUGUUUUUGGAGAGGAGCUCCACUUGCACCUGUGGCCCAACCGGCGGCUGGUGGUGCCAGGAGCCCCGGUGGAGUGGCAGGAGGACUUCCAGGAGCUGUCCCGGCAACCUUUGCAGCGGGAAUGUGUCUACACCGGAGGCGUCACGGGCAUGCCAGGGGCAGCUGUUGCCAUCAGCAAUUGCGACGGAUUGGCUGGCUUGAUCCGUACAGACAGAACCGACUACUUCAUUGAGCCUCUGGAGCGGGGGCAGCAGGAGAAGGAGGCCAGCGGCGGGAGGACACACGUGGUAUACCGCCGGGAGGCCGGCCAGCAGGAGUGGGCAGAGCCUCAUGGGGACCUUCACAAUGAAGCCUUUGGUCUGGGCGACCUUCCCAACCUGCUGGGCCUGGUGGGGGACCAGCUGGGCGAUGCAGAGAGGAAACGGCGCCAUGCCAAGCCGGGAAGCUACAGCAUCGAGGUGCUACUGGCGGUGGACGACUCGGUGGUGCGCUUCCACGGCAAGGAGCACGUGCAGAGCUACGUCCUCACCCUCAUGAACAUUGUCAAUGAGAUCUACCAUGAUGAGUCUCUAGGGGUUCACAUCAACAUCGCCCUUGUCCGCUUGAUUAUGGUCGGCUACCGCCAGUCCCUGAGCCUGAUCGAGCGUGGAAACCCCUCGCGCAGCCUGGAGCAGGUCUGUCGCUGGGCACACUCCCAGCAGCGCCAGGACCCAGGCCACUCUGAGCACCAUGACCACGUCAUCUUUCUCACCCGGCAGGACUUUGGGCCCUCAGGGUAUGCACCCAUCACCGGCAUGUGCCACCCCCUGAGGAGCUGCGCACUCAACCACGAAGACGGCUUCUCCUCGGCCUUUGUGGUGGCUCACGAGACUGGCCACGUGCUUGGCAUGGAGCAUGAUGGCCAGGGCAAUGGCUGUGCCGAUGAGACCAGCCUGGGCAGCGUCAUGGCGCCCCUGGUGCAGGCAGCCUUCCACCGCUUCCACUGGUCCCGCUGCAGCAAGUUGGAGCUCAGCCGCUACCUCCCCUCCUACGACUGCCUCCUGGAUGAUCCCUUUGAGCCGUCCUGGCCCCGGCCCCCCGAGCUGCCAGGAAUUGACUACUCAAUGGACGAGCAGUGCCGCUUUGACUUUGGCACCGGGUACCAGACCUGCAUGGCGUUCAGGACCUUCGACCCCUGCAAGCAGCUGUGGUGCAGCCACCCGGACAACCCAUACUUCUGCAAGACCAAGAAAGGGCCCCCGCUGGACGGAACCGAGUGCUCCCCAGGCAAGUGGUGCUUCAAAGGUCACUGCAUCUGGAAGUCUCCAGAACAGCUGUAUGGCCAGGAUGGAGGCUGGAGUUCUUGGACCAACUUCGGAUCAUGCUCACGGUCCUGCGGGGGUGGCGUGCGAUCGCGCAGCCGGAGCUGCGACAGCCCCAUCCCAGCGUAUGGAGGCCGCGCAUGCUCAGGGCCCAUGUUCGAGUACCAGGUCUGCAGCAGUGAGGAGUGUCCAGGCCCCUAUGAGGACUUUCGGGCUCAGCAGUGCGCCAAACGUGACUCAUAUUAUACCCACAACAACUCCAAGCACAGCUGGCUCCCCUAUGAGCCUGAAAAUGAUUCUCAGAAGUGUGAGCUGAUCUGCCAGUCAGCAGACACAGGCGACGUGGUCUUCAUGAACCAGGUGGUCCAUGAUGGGACACGCUGCAGCUACCGAGACCCCUACAGCCUCUGUGCCCGCGGCGAGUGUGUGCCCAUCGGCUGUGAUAAGGAGGUCGGGUCCAUGAAAGCAGAUGACAAGUGUGGAGUGUGUGGAGGUGACAACUCCCACUGCAGGACUGUGAAGGGGACGCUGGGCAAGGCCUCCAAGCAGACAGGAGCUCUCAAGCUGGUGCAGAUUCCUGCGGGUGCCAGGCACAUUCAGGUCGAGGGGCUGGAGAAGGUCCCCCACCGCAUCGCGGUAAAGAACCAGGUCACAGGCAGCUUCAUCCUCAACCCCAAGGGGAAGAACCCCUCGAGCCGGACCUUCUUGGCAAUGGGCCUGGAGUGGGAGUACGUGGUGGAGGACAACAAGGAAAGCCUCAAGACCAGUGGACCCCUGCCCGAAGCCAUCGCUGUCCUGGUGCUCCCCCCAGGGGAGGGCGGCCCCCGCAGCAGCCUGGCCUACAAGUACAUCAUCCAUGAGGACCUGCUGCCCCUUAUUGGGAGCAACAACGUGCUCCUUGAGGAGACGGACACCUAUGAGUGGGCCCUCAAGAGCUGGGCGCCCUGCACCAAGACCUGUGGAGGAGGUAUCCAGUUCACCAAAUAUGGUUGCCGGCGUCGACGUGACCACCACAUGGUGCAGCGACACCUGUGUGACCACAGGAAAAGGCCCAAGCCGAUCCGGCGGCGCUGCAGCCAGCACCCGUGCGCCCAGCCCGAGUGGGUGACAGAAGAUUGGGGCGCCUGCAGUCGGAGCUGUGGGAAGCUGGGGAUACAGACUCGGGGUGUGCAGUGCCUGCUGCCCUUGUCCAAUGGCACCCACAAGGCCAUGCCAGCCAAGGCCUGUUCUGGGGACCGGCCAGAGGGCCGUCGACCUUGCCUCCGCGUGCCCUGCCCAGCCCAGUGGCGCACCGGAGCCUGGUCUCAGUGCUCCACCACUUGUGGAGAGGGCAUCCAGCAGCGCCAGGUGGUAUGCCGGACCAACACCAGCAGUCUGGGGCAGUGCGAGGGGGACAAGCCAGACACCGUCCAGGCCUGCAGCCUGCCCCCCUGUAAAGGAGGUCUCCUGAACUCCACAGCACAAGCUGACACCAGGGAACUUGUGACCCCAAAGUGGACCCUGCAAUCUGGGACUCUCCAGCCUCUUAACAAGAUAUCAUCAGCUGAGCCCUGCGUUGGGGACAGGUCCAUCUUCUGCCAGAUGGAGGUGCUAGACCACCACUGCUCCAUCCCCGGCUACCGCCAGCUCUGCUGUGAAUCUUGCACCAAGAAGGACCCCAGCCUGGCCUCACCACCGCCCUUCUCCACCACCCAUGGAAGCCUCAUCCCAAGACCCAAGACUUCUCCAGAUCCUGUGGAGCCCACUGGAGGGUCACCAGAGCCAAGUGGUCAUCAGCCUGCUCUAACCACAUGGCUUCCUGAACCGGACACAGGCUACCCCAGGACCCAGCGCCACUCUGUCACCAAGAGACUGAGCACUGGGGCACCUUGGGGCACCUCCUCUACCACCCUCCGGGGGCGGUCCUCAAGCUGGACGGCAGUACCCACAGCACCCUCUGAGGAGAGAGGGCUGCCCAGGGAAGACCAGAAACAUCCAGGCACCAGCCGCCCCACUGCCUCCCCGGUGACCUGA